CAUUUCUUUGAGGUUGGUUGUACCGGCUUGAAGACGUGAGUUAUUUUGUUAACGAGAUAAUUAACGUGCUGGACAUUCGUACAGCCAAUACGGCUGCUAAGGUUAUCUUGUGCAACUUUUUUCCCCCCCUUCCUUUCUUGCUGUAAGAGGUAACCAUUGUGAAAUGGCCUAGGGUAGUUGCGGUUAUUUUUUUCGGUUAUUGAAGUUGCCCAGGAAAUUACAUGCAUCGUCCACUAUGAAGCUUUUUAUACGUUUGCUGAAAAAUACAACACCAAAACAAAUCGAGUACUACUCUCGUUUUUCCCCUUCGCCUUUGUCCAUAAAGCAGUUUUUGGAUUUUGGCAGAGAUAAUGCUUGUGAGAAAACGUCAUACAUGUUCUUGCGCAAGGAACUACCAGUGCGACUAGCCAACACCAUGCGAGAGGUCAACCUACUCCCAGACAAUCUUCUGAGUAGACCCUCAGUAAAGCUAGUGCAGACAUGGUAUAUGCAGAGCUUUUUGGAACUUCUGGAAUAUGAAAGCAAGAGCCCUGAAGACCCUCAUGUUUUGAAUGAUUUUCUGGACAUUCUUAUAAAAAUCAGAAAUCGACACAAUGAUGUUGUUCCUACCAUGGCAAAAGGAGUAAUUGAAUACAAGGAGAAAUAUGGUUUUGAUCCUUUCGUCAGCAGCAAUAUCCAGUAUUUUCUAGAUCGCUUCUACACUAAUCGAAUCUCCUUUCGCAUGUUGAUUAAUCAGCACACCUUACUAUUUGGUAAUGAUACCAAUCCCGCACAUCCUAAACAUAUUGGAAGCAUUGAUCCUAACUGUAAUGUGGCUGAAGUUGUAAAAGAUGCCUAUGAAACUGCUAAGAUGCUUUGUGAGCAAUAUUACUUGGCUGCACCUGAACUAGAAAUUGAAGAAUUUAAUGCAAAAUCUCCCAACAAGCCCAUCCAAGUAGUCUAUGUGCCAUCACAUCUGUUCCACAUGCUGUUUGAACUAUUUAAGAACUCAAUGAGGGCUACAGUAGAGCUUCAUGAAGGCAACAACGAUGGUUUCCCCCCAAUCAAAACCUUGGUUACUCUUGGAAAUGAAGAUUUAUCCAUAAAGAUUGGUGAUAAAGGAGGAGGUGUUCCACUUAGAAAGAUUGAUCGUCUCUUUAACUAUAUGUAUUCUACUGCCCCAAGCCCUAGCUUAGAACCCUCUAGAGCUGCACCACUGGCUGGUUUUGGAUAUGGUUUACCAAUUUCACGACUGUAUGCAAGAUAUUUCCAAGGAGACCUUAAACUUUAUUCAAUGGAAGGUGUUGGAACAGAUGCUGUGAUCUAUCUCAAGGCCUUAUCUAGUGAAUCCUUUGAACGCCUUCCGGUGUUUAAUAAGUCAGCAUGGCGACAUUACCAGACCACCCCAGAAGCUGAUGACUGGAGCAAUCCUAGCAGUGAGCCAAGAGAUGCUUCAAAAUACAAGGCUAGCCGAUAACUUCAUGAGCAACACGAUGCAGGCAGUUAUUCUUCACCGUAGAAUCCAGCAGCUGAGCACUGAAUCCAUCCAAGUGUUUUAAAGAAACAAUAACAGUAGCAUUCAUUACAUUACGUUUGAAGUGUCCAUUAAGAAAAGUUUUAGAUGGCUUUAUACACAAGUUAUCAUUGGAAAUUUAAAAGACUAGUAGGGAGACAUUUUAUGGUUGCUUACACUGGAUUGGUUCUAUGCUGCAAAACGGUUAAGAGCUGGAAAGAAAGGAGCACUGCAGAAGGAUAUCUCAGGCAAGUGUAAAAACUGAUGCUGCAAUGUUUUAAAUGAUUGUAGGAAAGUGGAUGAAUGAUGUUUACAUAUUUGUUUGUCUUCAGUUUGUGCAUAUGUAUCAUAUAUCGUUGACACAUGUACACAUACUGAUGUACAUUCGCUGUUUGUGUGUGUGUGUGUGUGUGAUUUAAAGAGAGUAUAUGCACUGGUGCUUCAAAAGGAUGGUCCCUAAAGUGAUAAUUCUAUAAGCAUAAUGCUUUAAUCUUAUUUAAUUGGAUUUAUUAAAGUAGCUGAUCUACUGUCCAUCUGUACAAAUGUGUCAGAAAAGGUACUCUUGCAUAUUCCACCAAUAUAAAUAUAUAUAUAUAUAUAUAUAUAUAUAUAUAUAUAUAUAUAUAUGUGUUAAUGUUUUUCUGAGUGUUUGGAUUGUACUCUUUAAAAAGCACCUUAAGGUUUGUUUAUUUCAUUUUAUUGAUAUUGUGGAAGUUUAUUUAUUUACAAAAUAUUUUGUAAACAAAAUUAAUAAUUUUCUAAUCAAUAUGACAUUGAUAUCUUCAUUGAAGGAAUUAUGUGGUUACUGGCCAUUUUUGCACUGCUUUAGUAGGUUGUAAAUAUCUAUUUAAACAAAAAAAAACAAACUUUUUUUUUUUGCAUUGGAUUUAGAAAUUGUGUGUGUGUGUGUGGAAAGAGGAUGAGUCUGGUACUGAGGAGGUUUGUGUUUGUACCAGGCUGAUGCUUUAUUGCAGUUUUUGGUAACCCUCUAAUUUUCAUACCUUCCAAGUCUUUCAGUGGAAAUGAAAACAUAAACCGUGGAGUUCAGUAUCCCAGAUAGAUUUAUAUGUUUACUUGCAGUACACUUUUUGAACACUCCUUUAUAUAUUAUACUAAAGUUAUGUGAAUUUGACAUUAUUUUAUUAGACAAAUGGCUGGACUGAUUGAAGAUGAAUAGUCAUUGAGGAAAAGUGCAAUAAUCUGAAUUUAACCUUCUUAACUGUGUCCUGGUGUGUUUUGUUGUUUUUUUUUUCCUGUGGUGUAUUCUUUGUUCCAGUUACACGCUCCAUUUUACUCAAUAUUUUAAAAUGCUGUUGCAUGUCAGCAGACAAGAAUGCAUACAUUUGUUUUUCAAGAAAAUGAAAUUAGGAAUUUCUUCUUUUUUUGGUUAGAAACGUUGAAUCAGUAUGUUGGCAUCCUUAAAGGAAGUGCUGUAGUGCAAAUGUAGUGAACAGGUGAAAGCAGCAAAGAAUGCUGCUGAUCAAAAUGUCUGAUGCCUAACAUUAUAGUAUGAGAUGCUUCUGCUUCACAGUUCUCCCUCCAUAAGGCUGUCUUCAUUUGUGUAACCACAGGCAUGGUUAGACAUACUUGAUGGAGUUUUAAAAAGGGAUAAGGUUAUGAAUUGUAUGUACAUAGGUUGUGUAUUUAUUAAAAAAAAAAAGGUUUGCUUGAAUUUGCAAGUAAAUAUGAAGAUGCUUAUAAAAAUUGAAACAAACCCUAAGAUUCUUUGAUUCAGAAUGGCCAUGUCCUAAUCUGUGACACUUCUACUCACUGAGGUGCACAAAAUGUCUGUAGGACAUGCCUUGGGAUUCUGUAAAUGGUAAGACUCAGUGGAUUCCUUGGCCUGCACCAGUGUAGCACAGCUGCUUCUUGAGUGAGGCAGCGUAGGCGACUGAUCGACUACAGACCAUGGAGCUAGUGAGACAUUAAUCCUGAAACAGCCUAAGUCAUUUCUGUCAUGUAUGACUGACAUACCAGGUUAGCUACUGCAAAUCCUUGGUCUGUUGCUGUAAUGUAAUGGGUUAAAAACUGGGGAAGGCUUCCUGCUGUGUCAUCUAUGUCAGCCUAUCAAUAAAUAAAAAGGAACGGUUUCUGAUUAUAUUGGCAGGAAUUCAUUUCCCUUGACUCAACUGGGGUACAUGGCUCUGUUGUGUGUUUUUUUUUUCUCCUCUCUUCCUAAACGUCAACAGACUUUGGCAGCUUGAAGUAUCGCUGAUUAUUCAGCACACCACCACCCCUUUUCUAAAUGCCUUUUCUCAUUGUAUCAUAAAGUUAGACUGCUGAGAUUUUUUUUUUUUUUCCUCUGGGACAUUUUUAUUUGUUAAGAUAUGUGUAUGGCAAUGGAUGGAAAUAGGUUUCGCAGAACUUCUAACAUACUGUAUUGAAUGCUUCUCAGUAAAUUGUUUUAUGUUGUAUAGUCCAGUGCGCUGCCUGUAUUGCUAUCUUUUCCAUUGCAUGGACUAUCAUAUGUUUUGGCCUUUUGCUUCCUACACAGUGACAAUUUGUGAACUUGUUCAGGGCUGCUUGUUUGUGUCACUAUUCUCUUUUAAAUAAAUUGGGACCAAAAUUAUAAAUGUC